CAUAAAUCUUAAAAAUGUUGGAUUAUAACAUUGGAAAAAGAUGUAAAUACAGCAUAUGCAGACAAAAAGACUUUCUUCCAUAUGGUUGUUCACUCUGUAGUGAUGAAUUUUGCUAAGAUCAUCGCACCCCAGAGACUCAUGAAUGCCCAAAAUUAUCAAUAAAAAAAUCAGUCAUUUUAUGUCCAAUUUGUAAAAAAGGACUCGUUUAUACUUCAGAUCAAAAUGAAAAUAUGAUAUGGGAAGAACAUUUCUAAAAGGAUUGCACCUAACAACCUAAAGAGAAAAAGGUGUGUCCAAUUUGUAAAGAUAAAAUAACAGAUCUGACAUGCAUCAAAUGUAAAGAUUGUGGAAUGGAAGUCUGUCUUAAACACAGAUACAGAGAAGAUCAUAAAUGUCCUACUUUGAAAUAGAUUGAAAGCUAGGAAAAUCAAAGUCCCAAUGUCAAAGAUACUUCAAAUGAGAAAGAGAAGACUUUUCAAUAAUUAUUGAAAGAAAAAUAAGAAUAUGAAAACAAUUAAUAACUCAAAAAUUCACCUCAGCCUGAAAAAAAGAUUGCUGUUGAAUCAUGCCCUGUUUGUAUGCAGAAAUUUCCAAAUAUCAUGCUUGUUAUUCGUCAUGUAGAAUCUCAUCAUUCUUGAUUAAUAAUGAUAUUUAUAUAAUAUAGCCUCAUUA